AUGAGACUAGAGGCUUUCGUUGCUUCCUCCAGCUUCGAGCAGAAGACAGCUGAGGUUUCUGUUUGGGAGCAGCAGCAAACACCAGAGCCGUCAGCUGAGGUGUCUGAUGGGGAACAGCAGCAGCUAGUAAAGCCGCCAGUUGAUAUCUCUGAUGGAGAACAGCAGCAAACACCAGAGCCGUCAGCUGAGCAGCCAAUAGCAGAACCGCCAGUUGCUAUUUCUGAUGGGGAACAGCAGCAGACAGCAGAGCCACCAGUUGAUAUUUCUGAUGAGGAACAGCAGCAAACAGCAGAGCCGCCAGCUGAGCAGCCAAUAGCAGAACCGCCAGUUGAUAUUUCUGAUGGGGAACAGCAGCAGACAGCAGGGCUCUCAGCUGAGCUGUCUGAUGGGGAACAGCAGCUAACAUUGGAGCCGCCAGCUGAGGUGUCUGAUGGGGACCAGCAGCUGACAUUGAAGCCGCCAGCUGAGGUGUCUGAUGGGGAACAGCAGCUGAGAUUGGAGCCGCCAGCUGAGCUGUCUGAUGGGGAACAGCAGCUGACAGCAGGGCCGCCAGCUGAGCUGUCUGAUGAGGAAGAGCUUUUUAUGCCUCGCACAGCAGAGACAGAGACUAUUCAGGAGACCUCAUCAUCAGGUAAUGUUCCUGGCAUGGCAGAUGGACCAGAGCUGGGCAGUGCCGGACAGCUGGGGGAUGCACCAGAGCUGGAAGACGUGAGGCCAGAGCUGGGCAGGGCAGAGUCUGACAUCCUGUCUGACCAUGACACUCUGGAGGAGGAGGAGGAGAAAGCCGUGGAGGCUGAUGAUGAGAUGUCGUCUGUAAUGUCGUCUGAAGCUGGUACGGAGGAGAAGCAGGAUGGUGAGGAGAGGCUGGCUGAGAUGGACGCCUCCUGGGAGUACACCAACAGCUUCGUGUACCACACCAGCGGCGUGCGCAGCCUCAGCGACUCCAACACAGACCGACCAGAGGACACUGCAGACGACUUCACCUCCAAACUCCUGCUGCGCUCCGAGUCCGAACCCUGGACCAGGGCGGACCCCAGCGAGGAGGACCUGACCCCCACGGUCGCUCCUGAUGAUGACGUCCCUUACAGGGAAAGUCUGGAGGACCUUGCUGAGUCUCGGGAAGACAGCCCCGACAUCACUCCUAUAUCAGCAAAGGACUUUCUACAGGAGAAGAUGGAGCCAAUGGAAGGGUCUGUCAGGAAGGCUUAUGAAGAGCCAACGAGAACCUCACAAGUGAAAAGAUCAGAAAGACCAAAGGCACCGCUGAGGUCCUUGUCCAUGGGGCAGCCCCCGGACACUCCCGUCAGAUACGAUUCAAAACACGAGGGUUCCAAAUAUGGCACAAGCUGGGACUUGAGAAGCGCUUCCGUGGAGUCUUUUGAAGAAGAGGCCGCUAGUUUCAUGAGCAGGUCACUAGACAGUGCUCAGAUGGAGGAGAUUUUGAGCGAGAGAAUUUCCCCAGAUUCACCAGUUGGGGUGCAGGAGGCCCCAGAUGGGAUCUUUUCUCAGCACCUUGAGAGGACAGACAGCCCCGCAGAACAGGCGAUGGUGCGAGACCAACAGCAGUCACUGGCCCAGGCGGUGGUGCGAGACCAACAUCAGUCACUGAGCCAGGAAGGAAACGCUGGUUUAUCUCAAGGGGAAAAUAACCCAGCAUCUGGAACUGAUACUGAUGUAAAGACAGGCCAUGACAGCAGACAGACCAACCAUGCUGAUACGUUUGAAUCGUCUCCUGUAGAUGACAUGGGACACUCAGGCAGAGAGUCUGAAGACUUGUGUGAUACUGUUGGUCAUGCACAGGGCCAUGCAGAAAGGAAAGUCGGUAGUAACAAGAGACAAGAAAUCCUGUUGCUACGAUCUCUCCAGCCUGUUGAAGAGGAGCACGACAUGAGCAGUCAACAAAAUGAACCACAGACCGGCCAUAGUGGACAUGACAAGAGCAGUCAGCAAAGUGAACAACAGAUGGGCCAUAGUGGACAUGACAUGAGCAGUCGGCCAAGUGAACCACAGGCCGGCCAUGGUGAACACAUGAGCAAUCUGACGGGCCAUGGUGAACAUAUGAGCAGUCAGCAAAGUGAACAACAGACCGGCCAUAGUGGACAUGACAAGAGCAGUCAGCAAAGUGAGCCUCAGACGGGCCAUGGUGAACACAUGAGCAGUCAGCCAAGUGAACCACAGGCCAUCCAUGGAACCGUCUCCCAUCAGUUGGACAUUUUUGUGGCAUCCCUGCAUGAGGCCGAAUCUGACCUGAAGAAAAGUCCGUCUGCAGACCCCAAGGAAUCUCCCGAGCCGAGGGACUCCCCGGAGAGUGAAGGGUCGACCAAGGACUCUCUGAAGGAGUCCGACUCGUCGGGAGGGGCGAGCGGCGGGUCUCCCGAGAUCGACAGCGGGUUCGUGUUCGUGUCGGCCGCGGACAUCCCGAAGGAGCUGCACGGUCUGAACGUGUCGUUCCCGCGCGGGCGGCCGCCCAUGCUGCUGAUGAAGGAGGCGGAGCCGGAGUGCGGGACCGGCGUGGAGGAUCUACUCGCCGAGCAUCUGUCCGACGUGUCCGGCCAGGAGUCCGACGCAGAGUUCGACCAGGUGGCGGACCUGAUGUCGCCGGAGUCGCCCCUCCCCAUGUUCACCAACCUGCCGGGAGUCAGCGAGUUCGUGCCGGAAACCGCCAUCGAGGAGUCUCUGCCCGAACCCAGCGACACGGUCGACCCGCACGCACACUUCACGGAGGCGCUCUUCACGGAGCGCCAGCACGUGUUCUCCUGCAGGCGAGGCAAGGCAGUGUCGGCCUCACAGAUUCACGAGGACAUGGUCGUCAUUGAGAGCACUCCAGACACGCAGCAGCGCCCCCUGGUGGUGCUGGAGAGUAGCGCAGGGCCGGGCAGGGACAUGGUGGUGAUAGAGAGCGCUGUGCCCGGCAGGGAGGGCGCACAGCUGGUGCUGGACCCGACCCUGGCGGACAUGUCUCGCCCUGCAACAGGACUGACGGAAGCUGACGUCAUGUCUCCGCCAGAAGAGGUUGUUCAAAACGAAGCCAAUGAAGGGAUCGAAUCCGGCCAGACCUUCCUGAGGGUUGAGCCUCGAACCGUGGAUCGACAUACAGAACUAGACAACUCAGCAUGCGGCACGAACCAGUCUGCAGACAACUGCCCAGGCAGCUUCAACGCCACAGCUGAUGAGUUUGUACCCAAACUCGGGGCAGUGCCUGAUGUGGUCGCUGAUGUUCCCGGCUCCCACCUGAACCCCGAAGCUCGGGAGUUCCAGCCUCAGACAACAGAGCCCCCUGGCAGAGAGAUGGAUAACUGCACGACAACGCCCCCUACUGGAGAGAGUGUUCACUGCACAGUAGCGCCCCCUACUGGAGAGAGGGUGCUCCCCGCCUACACAGCCAACCAGGUCCUGACUAACGACACCACCGUGGAUGAGUUUGUUCUGAAUCCGGGAGCUCCGGAGUUCGUCCCCCACCCCGGGACUGUGGAGUACAUCCCCAUGCCCCUGGAGGAGGACAGGUCCCCUUCUCCCAACGACUCCGAGACUGUUCUGGACUACUGGACGUCGGAAACGUCAGGCACCAUCAAGCGCAGGCCGCCCAUCAUGUGCACUUCAGAGGGGACCGUGAUGGAAGGGAAUGGGGAGGACGUGACCCCAACACCAGAGGGUUCCCCCGGAACUGCCCAGAGGAGGUCGGAGGUCAACCCCAUGGCAGCAGGAACCGCACAGGACAGGUCGGAGGUCAUCACCAUGGCAGCAGACUCCCUGCAUGGGAGGUCAGAUGUGAAUGGAAUACCUAAAGAGUUUGUCCAACCGGAGCCUCUCCCUGAUGCCAUUGUGGACAGAUCGCCUGUCACACCAGUCAUUCCUGGUCUUACCGAGACUACAACUGCGUCCACACACGAAGACAAGAAACCAGCACCUUGCAGCUCCACGGCUGAGGGGCGGGGCAGCUCCAUGGCUGAGGGGCGGGGCAGCUCCAUGGAUGAGGGGCGGGGCAGCUCCAUGGCUGAGGGGCGGGGCAGCUCCAUGGCUGAUGGGCGGGGCAGCUCCAUGGCUGAGGGGCGGGGCAGCUCCAUGGCUGAGGGGCGGGGCAGCUCCAUGGCUGAGGGGCGAAACAGAAGCUCGGGGGAGGUCAAACACGUUACCUUCAAACUGGAGGACGAAAUCUGCGGCUACACCGACACGGAGAUGUUUGAAGAGAUUCGAAUCACCAAAAAGGCAGAGUCUGACGGCGGUGACGUGGUGAAAAGGUCCAACAUGGCAGAAGUGAUGGCAGAGAUCCAGGGAGAUGAAGUCCAUCAUCUUCUCGACUCUACUGUGGACCCGGCAGAAAGCUGCAAGGAGGAGGAGGAUGCUGCGCAUCAGGACCAGUCGGGAAGCAGGGAAGAGGAAGAUCAGGACGAGGGAGAGUACAAACAUGUGCUGCACGUCAGCUUUUCCGUCUGUGAGAAAUCCGAGGACAGUCAAAACUCUGCAGAUGAGCAAAACCCCGACCCUGAGCCAGGUUUCCCUUGCUGUGCAGACCGGGACCAAACCUAUCAACAUAGCACUGAGCCGUCCAACCAGGACAGCACUGAGCCGUCCAACCAGGACAGCACUGAGCCGACCCACCAGGACAGCACUGAGCCGUCCCACCUGGACAGCACUGAGCCGUCCCACCAGGACAGCACUGAGCCGUCCCACCAGGACAGCACUGAGCCGUCCCACCAGGACAGCACUAAGCCGUCCCAUCAGGACAGCACUGAGCCGUCCCACCAGGACAGCACUGAGCCGUCCCAUCCGGACAGCACUGAGCCGUCCCACCAGGACAGCACUGAGCCGUCCCACCAGGAUAGCACUGAGCCGUCCCACCAGGACAGCACUGAGCCGUCCCACCAGGACAGCACUGAGCCGUCCCAUCAGGACAGCACUGAGUCAUCAGACCACGACAAUGUUGACAUGCCCCAUCAGGACAGCACUGGUACAGACACAGAUGACUCUGACGGGCCUCCCGAGGGAAUCUACCGAGUCACACCUGUGGACGAUCUCUACUCUGCAGUCAACUCGGAGUCGGCAGAUGAGGAGGACAUGUUGACUGAUCAGCAGGAGAUGGUGUGUGGUCGUCAAGAGCAGAUGGUGCCAGAUCGUCAGGAGCAGAUGGUGCCAGAUCGUCAGGAGCAGAUGUUGACUGGUCGUCAGGAGCAGAUGUUGACUGGUCGUCAGGAACAGAUGGUAUCUGUUCGUCAGGAGCAGAUGUUGACUGGUCGUCAGGAACAGAUGGUAUCUGUUCGUCAGGAGCAGAUGGUGUCUGUUCGUCAGGAACAGAUGGUGUCUGGUCGGCAGGAGCAGAUGGUGUCUGGUCGUCAGGAGCUGAUGCUGACCGGUUGUCAGGAGCAGAUGGUGACUGACCCACAGCUGAUAGUGACUGGUCGACAGGAGCAGAUGUUGAUUGGUCGGCAGGAGGAGGAGAAGAGAGAGGAAGCUCGAGUCAACUCAGCUGUAGAUGCCGAGAGCUCUGACUGCAUCAAUGGCAACGUCAUGACCAACGGCCACACGGCUAGCAAAGCACAUGAAGAGGAGAACGAUGCAGAAAAUGGCAACUCCACUUCCACUGACAAGGAAGAGGACUCCACACAAGGCUUCCGGGACUUCCCUGUGUAUGAGACGGUGACGUCAUUCCGCUUCCAGGCAAACACCAUCAGGAAAGACCCGGAAGGUCCGGAUUCCGAGUCCACCUACAUCAACGGGAUGUACGACUUCUCCCUGGAGAGCGCCGGGGCCGUCCGCAUCCUGCCCAGACACGAGUCCUCUCCCUACGAGCCAGUCGUUCGCGGUGACGUCAUCAGCACUGCUGCACGCCUGUCUCGUGAGGAGAUGCAGAGCGAACAGCUGACCACCACCACGCGCAUGUGCGAACAGCUGAGCACCACCACGCGCAUGACUCGCGAGGACAUCAAGUUUAUAGAUGACGAUGGAGAGGAGACUCACACCACCACCUUCCUCUCGCUCCGCCAGCCACAGCCCAGCCAGAACAGCGCACGGCCGCCUCCCAAGGCUGCCAAGUUUGUGCGGUUUGCAAAGAAAGAAGAAUAUGUAGACAUAGACGAUGAUGACGGGGAAGCUGAAGAUCCUCAGCAGGCAGAGGAAGAGAGAGUUUCCCCGGCAACCACUCCUACCCAGGAGGACAAGGAGAAUCUGGAGAUCACUCGGGAGUUCGACAGUCUGGAACACGAAGCCAACAACAUCGAGGCCUCCGAACUGGACAGGAGCAGUCAGGAUGAGGACAGCGAUGCCAUCAAGGUUGUUGUCACGGCGAGUCACGCCCUGUGCCAGCCGCUGUCCCCCGUCACCGUGCCCGUGGACGGGAUCGUGCGCGCCCCGCUCGCGCACGAAGAGGAGGACGAAGAUACAGCCCAGCUCCAAAAUGGCCAGAAGAAGGGAAUUUCACUUGGGGACCGGGAAAUUGUUGUAAUUGCAGAGAUCCAUCAGUCCAGUGUCGGUCCAGAAGAACACCAAACCAUUAUCCGUGAUGAAGGCGCAGCUGGCAGCUGCUGCUCUGAACAGCCUGAUGACCAGACAGCAGCAAUGUCCAGGUCUGACCAGCCAGAUGAGGGAACAGCAGCGAUGUCCAGUCCUGACCAGCCUGAGGAAGGAAUAUCAGCAACGUCCAGCCCUGAUCAGCCUGAUGAGGAGACAGCAGCAAUGUCCAGUCCUGAGGGGACAGCAGCAAUUUCCAGUCCUGAGCAGCCUGAUGAGGGGACAGCAGCAAUGUCCAGGCCUGACCAGCCUGAUGACCAGACAGCAGCGAUGUCCAGUUCUGAGGGGACAGCAGCGAUGCCCAGUCCUGACCAGCCUGAUGAGGGGACAGCAGCAAUGUCCAGGCCUGACCAGCCUGAUGACCAGACAGCAGCGAUGUCCAGUCCUGAACACCCGGAUGAGGGGACAGCAGCAAUGUCCAGUCCUGAACAGCCUGAUGAGGGGACAGCAGCGAUGUCCAGCCCUGAGGGGACAGCAGCGAUGUCUUGUAGCGAGGACACGGAGGACGAAUGCAGGAGCCCCCAGUAUGACAAGACUAAGCGGUACCAAGAGGUAGUAAUGGGAACGUACUAUUCGGAAGGAUGUAUAGAGGUGGUAAUGGGAACGUACUAUUCGGAAGGAUGUAUACUUAAGGUAGUGAAGACCAAAGUCAGUUCGGAAGCAGACUGUCAGAAUGAUAGGCAGCCUAAUGAACCUGUUCAGAACCAGCCUUCGACUGGGGUGUCGACUGAAGAAGUCACUUCAGUACUUCAGUCCGGAGUCUCCACUGACGGAGUCGCUCCUGUACUCCAGACCGGGGUCUCCACUGACGGAGUCGCUCCUGUACUCCAGACCGGAGUCUCCACUGACGGAGUCGCUCCUGUACUCCAGACCGGAGUCUCCACUGUCACUCCCGCUCCAGGCUCCGAGACGCAGGCGGAAGCAGGGAGGGAGGCGGAGACGUUUUGUGACCAGGAGGGGAAUGUGGGGUUCGUCCAUGGCAGCCUGUCGGACAGACCGACAUUUGUGACCUUCGGGAAAGGAACUGAUGACGCGCCCGAGGGUGGGGAGGGGUGUGAGCUGACUGGUUAA